CAGGAUGAUGCCAAGGCGUUUCUAAGAGGCUUAUCGUCAGUUCGCCGGGCUAUGGUAUUUCGAAGAAGUCGCAAACUAUGCUGCGUGUUGGUGGCUGCAUUAGGAACAGUGAUGUGUAUGUAUGCUCUACAGCUGCACAGGACCUGUGCACCGUCGACCCGAAACGUGACCCUCAACGAGAGCAGCGCAAGCUGCAACACCACCAAUUUCUGGAAUCCAGAGGAGAUACUGCGAAACGGUUACGAGGAGCUGCCAUUCCCAGUGGAAGACACAGGUCAUCUUCCAGAUGCCCACUACACGGCCUCGGCUUGCAGGAAAAAGCCAAGGUACCUGUUUUUUAUUCACACGGCACCAGGACACUUUCGUCACCGAGCGAUCAUACGCGGGUGCUUGAAAAACGGGACCUUUUCCUCGUACUACCGCUGGACGACCGUGUUUUUCGUCGGGCUGUCUUCAGACAACGACACCGCAAAGCAAGUGGAAGAAGAGGCGUCCCAACAUGGCGACGUCGUGGUGUUACCCUACAGAGACGCCUACAGAAACCUCACCUACAAAUUCGUCUACGGCAUGAAAUGGGUUAUCGAGAACUGUCCGGCGGUGGAGUACAUUCUAAAGAUGGACGACGACAUGGCGGCAAACAUUUCAAUGCUAAUGAAUUAUCUUAGUACACGUCCCCAAGCACAAAAACCGGAAUGUCAUUGUUUAGUGUACGAGAACGUGACAGUCAUAAGGGACGUAAAAUCCAAGUGGUAUAUACCUGAAAAGAUUUAUCCCAACAAGACGUUUCCGCGAUACUGUGCCGGUGGUGCGGCUUUCUUUAAUGCGAGCGCUCUACGAUCACUCUACAACGCCUCGUUUUCUCUUCCUUUCCAUCCUAUUGACGAUGUCUACGUUACCGGCGACGGGUUUCUAAAGACUGGCGUUCAACUAGUUGAUAUUAAAAAGUUAGUUGCAUACGAGGGAAACGACUGGUGGGGAGUGACGUUGGGAAAGCGGAUGUUCAGUCACUUAGCUCAUCACGAGCUCCGUGUGUUGGCGUGGAGGCUAACCUCUGAAGGCCUUGCCAAAACUAUAAGGGCAGCGACUGUCAACAAGACAAAAAGCUGA